UGUUGUUUUACUUUAAGUCCGUAAAUUAAUAUUUGGUUUAGCAUUUAAAAAUUCAUAUAAUUUAAGAUUAAUUUCUUUAAAAAAAAUGAAUUUUAAAAUCAUAAUUUUGGUUUUUACAGCUGUAUUUUUCAUUAUAAUGUCGACGUAUACAGGUCACCCAGGAGUUAAUGACCAGCGUAAAACAAGAACACAACCUUUACGACUUUCAAGACGACGACCUUCAGGACCAUCACCACAAAAUGAAGGACAACAACCAGGACCACCACCACAACAAAAUGCAGGACAACAACCAGGACCACCACCACAACAAAAUGCAGGACAACAACCAGGACCACCACCACAACAAAAUGCAGGACAACAACCAGGACCACCACCAUAACAACAUCAUAAAAGUGUAAUUUAAUAAUAUGUAAUUUUAUCAUUAGUUUUUCAAAUGAAUGCGGUAAAUAGUGUCAAUUGUAUAACUUUAUAAGUUAUAAAAAAUAUAAAUAUACAAUAUAUAAUUAAUUUUGAUUA